AUGGUCGCUAUCUUAGCAGACAACCUUGCAGUCACCGACGGACCCUUGAACUCAGACAAUGCAGUCCUCCUCCGCCCCUCUGAUCCCUCACUCCCUCUUGAAGAGCUCCGCAAGCGAUACGAUAAUGACGGAUACCUCUUCCUGAAGCAAAUCAUCCCCCGAGAAGAUGUCCUCGAAGCUCGCAACGCAUAUUUCUCAUCAGUACAAUCCACUGGUGUCCUGAAGCCAGGAUCUGAGUCUGUGGAAGGAAUCUUCAACCCAUCCAAGAGUCACGAAGACUACCCAGGUAUUGGCGCAGGACAUGCCGAGGGUAACGGAAGACCUGGUGGUGACCAAGCAGCGGCAUUUGUCGACCUUGCUCUAAACGCUCACUACGCGGACUGGUAUGCCGAGAAGUUCUGCAACCAUCCCGCAUUGUACGACUUCAUUGCGAAGUUCUCCGGUUGGAAUAAGGAUACCCUUAACCUACGCCGUACACUGCUAAGGAAUAAUAUUCCCGGCUCCAAGCCGAUUGGUGUACACUAUGAUCAGAUCUUCUUGCGCCACGGCGAUCCGACUAGCAUCACCGCCUGGGUUCCUAUUGGAGAUAUCAAGUUGAAUGGUGGUGGACUGAUCUAUCUGGAAAAUGGGGAUAGCAUUGGAGUUGAGCUUGAGUUGGCAUUUUACAAAAAGGCAAAAGAAGCCGGGAUGAGUGAUGACGAGGCUAAAAAUGCCUUUAAUUCGAAUAUGAUGGCAACGGGCUUGCUGUCGGAAUUCCCGGCUGAAUUUGCCCGUGAACAUGGCCGACGUUGGCUGGUCUCGGCCUACGAAGCUGGUGAUGUUGUCUUGCAUAAGCCUCACAUGAUCCAUGCAUCCACUAUCAAUCAUGAUCCGGAUAAUGUUAUCCGCCUUGCUACCGAUCUUCGAUUCUGUGACUCGUCAAAGCCAUAUGAUAAGAGAUGGAUGAACCAUUAUACUUUCAAUGAUGGCGUUUGA